UAUUUUUCCUCAGAGAAUUACACUGAAACACUGAAUGAUGCCAAAACUGCCAUAGACGUACAACCAUCGUUUGUAAAGGCUUUUGUGCGAGGUAUGUCGACUAUGGGCCAAUCGAUCCUGACUGCGAUUACUGAUUUGCUUGUGUAUAACUAGCAAAACUCACCAACAUCUUUCCUAAAAUAAACGUUUAUGAUUCAAAAUAACGCAAGACAAACUGCGCUCAGAUUAGGGGCUGUUAACAGCCGUUUUCACUCUAGAGACGGAUAAACAGACAAUUUAAGUCAGACAGAUUAUUCGUCAAAAUUAAAGCCGUUCCGUUUUCACAUUAAGACAGAUUGUUUGUCUGAAGCGAAUUACUCAACGGAUAACCCUUCUGGGACGCAUGUGAAAAUGGCAAUUGAUGUUUUCAGUUACCAUGACAACAAAUGUGUUUUCUCUCAGUAGACCUCAGUAAUGUUGGACUUUUCAGAUUUAUUUACCACGAAAUUCUUAUAGAGAAUUAUCUUGCUCUGGAGUGGGUUACGAUAACUAGACUAUUGUUUUUUUGUGUGUGUUUUCGCGCACCAAUCUCAUUCUUCCCAGGUUUACUUAUUGCCUAAUUUCAAACCGAUAGUGGUGUGUGUACGAGUCCGUUUUUAACGCGAUAAACAACACAAAUUCCACAUAGUCAGAAAGAGCACAUUGAGGUUAGCAACAUUUCAAAAUUUCGUAAAAAAUAUAUGGACAUCCAGCAAUCCAUAUAUCUCUUAUAAAUUUUUAAGUUGAUCUUGUUCAAUAUUCCCACGAUUGACACCAAACUUUAGCUUAUAUCUGAAUAGCAUUUACAGCCCAAAUGUGUUUUAUCCUGAGCUUUUUUUCUUAACAGGGGCAAGUGCCUGCGUUCAGUUGAAACUAUUCAGCGAAGCCAUCACGUGGUGUGAAAAAGGAUUAGAAGUAUCUUUUACUGAAGUUUACAGAGGAAGUCGAUUUAGAGAUCAUUUCUUCACAAACCUUCUUCAUUUUUCUUCUAUUCACUGUUGAAAAUAUUUCUAGUGCAGACUCACAUGCAUUUAAGACUAAAUACAUCAAUAGGUGCCUUGUACAAAGCAGACCUAUAAGCCUUUGCAAUCUAUCCUUCUCACUAAAAAAAAGUGAGGUGUAAACGUGCAGUGAAGUGGAGCAGUUUUAAUUAAAUAUUUGGUCGUUAAUACACAGCACGUACUUUGCAAUACACUCAUGGGUUUAUAUCUCCAAGGAAACUAAGGGAGACUCUAGAUAAUUUAUUUCAAGGGCAGAAACUUGGCAGGUUGUUUUUAAGUUUCUUGACAAUUGAACUUGUACAAGAUCGACCAGAAUAACCAGAAGCUGUUGGAUUUUCUGGAUAGGUCCAUGAGAGAACAAAAGAAGCUGAACGUAGAUAAUUACGGAGAACAGGUGAGAGUGAUGGAGAAAGGGCUUGGAGUGCGUUAUUUCCGCGUUUUUGAAUAUGCUUUUCAGAGAUGUUAACUUGGAGGUCACAUCUUACUGUACAGUAUCGAUACAGUAGGCUAGAGAAGCAUAUACCCUCCUUUAGCAAAUAAUAUUAAAGGAGGUGCUGAUCCAUCUCUGUUCGAUCUGUUUGCGUAGCUUGCCCCCAUACGGGUGGGUGUAUACAAAUCGCUGGCUAGCCUAGCUUACAGCCUACCCUAUGGACCACCCUAAAUUUUGUAAUUUUGCUGAAAUAACAAAACAACCGGCCUGAGCAAAGCAAAAGAGAUAAGCAGAGAAGAGAAAAUAGCUCGCGCGUAUUUAAAGGAAAGUACUUAUAGUUGAAAUAUGCAGUCAGUAUGUGCCGAAAGGACUGCUUAGGUCACAGGGAGUGGAGGAGUUAUUUGUGACCUUGCCUGUUGUUAAAUGUUUUAGCUAAUAGCUCUGUUCGCCUGUGUCUACUGUUAAGAAUCGAGUCCUGAGGUUGGAAUCGAUAACAAUGAACAAUCCACUGCAUGUGUUAGAUCAUGAUAAGACCAAUUACAACACCUACAGAAAAUAAACAAAUAUUUGAAUUGUCCUAAAUGAUUUUCAGUUUCUCCAAACUUCUGUCGUAUUUGUUCUUUAAAAGAAAAAUUUCGAAAUUAAAGACUUUCUCGAUACUAUACUUUUUGGAACGCUUCACCCCUCUUUACGGAAUGAUAUAUUUCCAGAUGAUGAAAAUGUAAUGUAAAAUAUGUCAUAAAUAAUGUACGUUAUUUAUUUCACAGAAAAAUUGCACGAAGGCGACAUACACAGUAGGCGACCUUGGCACUUUUGGUAAAAUUGACAACUUUGAGAACAGGUCAGGAGAAGGAAAGGCGUAUGGCAAUGAUCUUUACAACGUCUCUCACAGUUUGAGAGAUUUUGAAGCCAUAGACAACUAUGAACGUCACCUAAAAAUUGCGAAGCAGUUGGGUAACAGAACGGAAGAAGGAAAGGCGUAUUGCAAUCUGGGCAUCAUCCAUCGCAAAAAAGGAGAUUUUAAAACAGCCGUAGACUACCAUGAACGACAUCUAAAAAUUGCGAAAGAAUUGGGUGACACAUCGGGUGAAGGAAAGGCGUAUUGCAAUCUUGGCAAUGUCUAUCACGAUACAGGAGAUUUUAAAACAGCCAUAGACUACCAUGAAAGUAAUCUAAAAAUUACAAAAGAAUUGUGCGACAGAUCGGGAGAAGGAAAGGCGUAUGGAAAUCUCGGAAACGCGUAUCACAAGCUGGGAAGUUUUAAAACAGCUAUGGACUACCAUGAACGUUGUCUAGAAGUUGCGGAAGAAUUGGAUGACACUUUGGGAAAAGGAGUAGCGUAUUGCAAUCUUGGCAACGCCCAUAACAGUAUGGGGGAUUUUCAAAAAGCUAUAGACUACCAUAAACAAAGUCUAAAAAUUGCUGAAAACUUGGGAGACAGAUCGCUAGAAGCAAAAGCGUAUAGCAAUCUUGGAUGCGCCUUUGACAGUUUGGGAGAUUUUAGAAAAGCCAUAGACUACCAUGAACGUGAUCUUAAAAUUGUAAAAGAACUAGGGGACAGAUUGGGAGAAGGAGAGGCGUAUAACAAUCUUGGCAUCGCCUAUCGCAAUCUGGGAGAUUUUAAAAAAUCCAUUGACUUUUUUAAACUUUCUCUAAAACUUUCCACACAACUGGGUGACAGAUCGGGAGAAGGAAGGGCGUAUUGCAACUUGGCCGUUGCUCAUAACAGUCUCAAAAAUUUUAAAAUAGCCAUACACUGCUAUAAACGUCAUUCAGAAAUCUUGAAAGAAUUGGGUGUCAGGUGGAGAGAGGGAGAGGCAUAUGGCAAUCUUGGUGACGCCUAUCACAGACUGGGAGAAUUCAAAACAGCCAUAAACUUCUAUGAACGGUGUCUGGAAAUUGCGAAAGAACUGGGUGACAGGUCGAGAGAAGGAGCGGCGUAUGGUGAUCUUGGGAAUGUCCAUUACAGACUGGGAGAUUUUAAAACAGCCUUAGACUACCAUGAACGGCAUCUCAAAAUUGCGAGAGAACUGGGUGACAGAUCGAGAGAAGGAGUGGCGUAUGGCGCUCUUGGCAACGUUCUUGUUAGUCUGGGAGAUUUUAAAACAGCCAAAGACUACCAUGAACAACAACUAAAAAUUGCGAAAGAAUUGGGUGACACGUCGGGAGAAGGAGUGGCGUAUGGCGCUCUUGGCAACGCUGUUGUCAGUCUGGGAGAUUUUAAAACAGCCAAAGACUACCAUGAACAACAACUAAAAAUUGCGAAAGAAUUGGGUGACACGUCGGGAGAAGGAGUGGCGUAUGGCGCUCUUGGCAACGCUGUUGUCAGUCUGGGAGAUUUUAAAACAGCCAAAGACUACUAUGAACAACAACUAAAAAUCGCGAAAGAAUUGAGUGACACAAUGGAGGAAGGAGUGGCGUAUGGAAAUCUUGGCAACACCCAUUACCAUAUGGGAGAUUUUAAAACAGCCACAGACUACUAUAAACGACUACUAAAAAUUGCCAAAGAAUUGGGUGACACAUCGGGGGUAGGAAAGGCGUAUGGCAAUCUUGGCAACGUUUAUCGCAGUCUGGGAGAAUUUAAAGCAGCCAUAGACUACUAUGAAGGUGAUCUUAAAAUUGCGAAAGAACUGGGUGACAAAUCGGAAGAAGGAAAUGCGUAUGGAAGUCUUGGAAACGUCUAUUACAAUCUGCAAGAUUUUAAAACAGCUUUAGACUACCAUGAACGUGCUCUAAAAAUUGCGGAAGAAUUGGAUGAAACGUCGGGAAAAGGAGCGGCAUAUUGCAAUCUUGGUAACGUCCAUUACAGACUGGGAGACUUGAAAACAGCCCUAGACUACCAUAAACGUCAUUUGAAAUUUGCGAAAGAACUGGGUGACAGAUCGGGAGAAGGAAAUGCGCAUGGAAAUCUUGGAUGCACCUUCGAAAGUCUGGGAGAUUUUGAAACAGCCAUACAUCAUUAUGAACAUCACCUAGACAUUGCGAAAGAAUUGAGUGACACAUUAGGAGAGGCGAAAGCGUGUUGGAAUUCUGGUACAUUUUAUGAAUAUCUAGGUCAAGUUCCAAUGGCUAAGGGAUACUAUCAGAGCAGUAUUACUUUGUUAAAUAAUAUCAGAGAUCGUCUUCAAUUUGACGACAAGUUGAAAAUAAGCUUUCGUGAUCGAUACCAGAGAAUAUACGCUGCACUUUGGCGCUUGAUGUUAAGAGAAGGCAAGUUUACUGAGGCUUUGGUGUCUGCGGAGAAGGUUCGGGCACAGGGUCUAAGAGAUCUUAUGGUAUUUAAUUAUGGAUUUGAAAUGAAUGAUAUUGAAUCUAGUGAAGAUCACAGAUCCUUUCCUCCCAAUACCAUAUUUAUGGCAAUUGUAGAAAACGAAUUAGUCUUUUGGGUUUGUCAGAACUGGAAGGAGGUUAAAUUAAGAAGAAAGGAAGUCAGUUCCCAGUAUGACACUAGCACUUAUUUACAGUCUCUUGUCGAUGAUAUGGGUGAAAGUGCCUUGAAUACACUAUACGACAUCAUCAUUGAUCCUAUUAAAGAUCUGUUUUCGGGAAAUGAACUCAUAUUCGUGCCUGAAGGCCCACUUUGCUUGGCUCCCUUUGCUGCAUUAAAGUGUCCAAACUCCGAACACCUCUGUGCCUCAUUCAGAAUUCGCUUGAUUCCAUCUCUCACCAGCUUGAAAAUGAUUGGGGAUUGUCCGGUAGAUUAUCACUGUAAGUCUGGCGUGCUUCUUGUUGGUGACCCAUGGGUGCAAGAAGUGACAGAGCGAGAGCAGUUGCCAUAUGCCAAAGAGGAAGUAGAGAUGAUUGGUGAAAUGCUUGGUUGUACACCUCUUGUUGGAAGACAAGCCACAAAGGAUGCGGUAUUAAGACGAAUCGGUUCGGUUGCUUUGGUUCACAUCGCUGCACAUGGCAGCAUGGAAACGGGCGAAAUUGCCUUGGCGCCAGAUGAUGCUAAGAUGGAUUUCAUUUUGACAAUGAGAGAUGUACUUCGUGUUAAAAUGCGUGCGAGACUGGUUGUACUCAGCUGUUGUCAUAGUGCUCAAGGAGAGAUAAAAGCAGAAGGCGUGGUUGGCAUAGCACGGGCAUUUUUGGGCGCUGGUGCACGUUCUGUUCUGGUGUCGUUGUGGGCGAUUGAUGACAAUGCCACUCUUGAGUUUAUGAAAAAUUUCUAUCAAUUUCUUGUGACAGGAAAGAGUGCCAGUGAAGCCUUAAACCAAGCAAUGAACUGCAUGAGAGAAUCUGACGAAUUUGGUGUAGUAAAGUACUGGGCACCGUUUGUGCUCAUCGGUGAUGACGUCACAUUAGAAUUGUAA